AUGACCCAAGCUUUACACAUAGUUCAUGAAACCUAUGGUUUAAGAGUUAGGCUGUUGCUUAAAUACAGAAAACUUACAGUAGUCUUUAUAUAUCCUAUCAUGAAACCUGCAAUACUGGUAACCGGCGGAGCUGGCUACGUUGGCUCACACACAGUCGCAUCACUACUGGAACGGCAAGACGCUACUGACUUUGAUAUCGUGGUGGUGGACAACCUCAGCAAUGCGUACCGAACCGAAGGACGGAAAAAGCCCGAGUGUCUGAGGAUCAUUGAGGAAAUGACCGACAAAACGAUACAUUUCUAUGAAGUAGAUAUUAGAGACGCGACGGGUUUAAGCAGGGUUUUCGAGAACCACAACAUCGACUGCGUCAUUCAUUUCGCAGCGCUGAAGGCGGUGGGCGAGUCUGUACAGAAGCCACUCGAAUACUACCAGGCGAACAUAACCGGGACCUGCACGCUUUUUGAAAUUAUGCGAAAAUUCGGCGUAUACAAACUAGUAUACAGCUCCUCGUGUACUGUUUACGGCGAACCGGAGAAGCUACCCUUGAACGAGAACCAUCCUACAGGUCAGGGUCUAACCAGCCCCUACGGCAAGUCCAAGUACUUCUGCGAAGAGAUCAUGAAGGAUAUAUGCAGGAGCGAUAAGAAAUGGAUGGUUAUAUCUCUGCGAUAUUUCAACCCGGUGGGGGCGCAUCAUAGCGGCCGUAUCGGAGAAGAUCCCUCGGGAAUACCCAACAACUUGAUGCCUUUUAUAGCACAGGUUGCCGUGGGUCGUCUUAAAGAGCUUCUGGUUUUCGGCAAUGACUACCCUACAGCAGAUGGUACUGGGGUUCGGGACUACAUCCACGUGGAAGACCUGGCCGAGGGCCACGUUAAGGCUAUCAAGUUGUUCCACCAGCCCGGCUUUAGUGGCUUCCAUGCGGUCAAUUUGGGUACGGGCACAGGAUACUCCGUUCUACAAAUGGUGAAGGCAUUCGAAGUGGCGUGCGGUCGUCAAAUUCCAUACAAGAUCAUUGGCAGACGCGAGGGAGACAUAGCUGCGAACUAUGCGGACGUCUCCCUCUCACAUAGGCUGUUGGGCUGGCGUGCGAUAAAGACGUUAGAGGAUAUGUGCGCGGACACUUGGAGAUGGCAGAGUAAUAACCCUGACGGUUUUAAAUGCAGCUAA